AAAAAAAUAAAGCUUUAUAUCAAAGAGCAUAACUAUUCCCAAAUUAAUUUUAAAACAUUUAAAUAAAAAAAAAAAAUGAAAAUUAAAAGAUACUAAAGCUACAGCAAGGUCUUAGAAGAGGUCCUCAGGCGUCAGACUCUCCGAAAACACGGCCCCUGCACUGGCAGUGUUCUCCUCCUCACUCCGAGCGGCUGUAAUCCUCUUUACUGUCUCUUCUGCUGCCUGGUGACUGACGGACGCUCGGGUCAGGCGAGUAGCAUCAGCGGUCCUUCAGCUGGACCACUGGUUAAACUGUUGUGUGACCCAAGCACGUUAUAUUUCUAAGUGAAUCACUUUAACUCCAGUUUUAUUUCCGUUGAAGCUGAACUUAUAAUCUUAUCAUAACUAACAUUAAUCAUUCAAAUUCAAAUAUUUGCUUUUACUUUGUCGUCAUGUCCUUUUUGACCAAUCUUCAUAUUUUAGACCAAUAUGUGAAGUCUGCCUCGGAAAAGCAAUUAUUAAACCAGCAAACUCAAAAUUGGAGUAAAAAUGAACAAACUAGGCUAUAAAUACUUUGUAUUGUAGGCUCGGAUUAUUAUAUUAUUAUAUAGCUGUUUGUUUACUGAUAGACAGUCAAAAAGACAAAUUAAUCCAUAUUUUAUUUAUAACAGGGUUUUAUUUAUUUAUUAAAUAACAGAUCCUCAAGAAACAGUAAUAAAAACAUAGUGACAUAGUAAUAGCGUGUGGGGGUGUCACGUGAUGAAGGAACGACUCAAACCUGAAGACUUGUCAGAGAAGAGAGCGCUAUCAUGGUGAGGACGUACAAGAGGAAGACGACCCGCGCGAGCACGGCUCCUGACACCAUGCUGAAGGCCGUGCGGCAGGUGCUGGUGUUCAAGAAGACCAUCCGCGGCGCGGCAGAAGAGUUCGGCAUCAACUACCGCACGCUCGCCCGCUACUGCACCAAGAUCCCGCGCGAGGAGGUGGAGGGAGGCGCGGAGCACCCCAGCUGCACCGUGGGCUUCAUCGGCGCGCGGCAGGUCUUCAGUCCCGAGCUGGAGGCAGAACUCGUCGCCUACGUUCUACUGGCGUCUGACGUUUAUUACACGCUCCCGCCGCGAGCGAUACGCAAACUGGCCUUCCAGCUGGCCAAGAGCCACCAGCUGCACACGCCGCCCUCCUGGAGGGACAACAAACAGGCCAGCAGCGACUGGUUCACCAGCUUCCUCAAGAGACACCCGCUGCUGUCCAUCACCAGUCCAGCGAGCGUCUCCAGCAGGAGUCAGGUCCAGCUGUUUUACAGUAAGCUGAAGACUCUGACGGAGCGCCACGGUUUCAGACCCGAGGACAUCUGGAUCAUGGAGGAGAUGGGAAUCACCACGGCCCAGCGGCCGGACCGAGUGCUGACCAGGAGAGGCCUGAGACAGACGUCUCCUGACCGCGGCCCCCUCGUGAGCGUGGCCUGCGUCGUCUCCGCCGCCGGGCACGUGAUGCCGCCCUAUUUUGUGUUCCCUCGGGUGCAGUUCAGGGAGCACUUCCUCAGCGGGGCGCCUGCGGGAAGCUCCGGCGGAGCCCAUCUGAGCGGAUGGAUGAGGGAGGAGCAGUUCCUCCACUUCUUACAGCAUUUCACACGACAGACCGCAUGCACCGCGGAGAGACCCUGCCUGCUGCUGCUGGACAGCCACGCCGCGCACCUGUCCAUCGAGGGCCUGAACUUCAGCAGAGCCAGCGGCGUGGUGUCUCUGUGCUUCCCGCCGCACUGCUCCCAGCAGCUGGAGCGCUCGGUGUACGGCCCGUUCAAGAAGAGCGUCAACACAGCCAUCGACGGCUGGAUGCAUGGCAGUCCCGGGAGGAGCAUCACCAUCCAUCACGUCCCGGGAAUCGUCUCCUCCGCGCUGCCGCUGGCGGCUACACCGGACAACAUCAGCGCAGCGUUCACAGCCUGCGGGAUCUUCCCUCUCAACCCAAACCAGCCGGGGUUGGUGCCGGACGCUCCCGGCGGUUCAGACUCGAGCGGCGGUGCGGCCCAGUGUUCGGCUGACCCGGCGACAGCAGGACGAGACUCUGAGCGAGCGGACGACACACAGGAGAAGGACUGCUGCCGUCUCGACUGGCUCUCCUGUGAUUACACCGCUGCAGACACCUGCAAAUAACACACAGCAGGACUGUUCUUCAGUAGUAACUCCAGACGCGGUUCACCAGAAUCUCUCUUUGCUCUCACACGUCCUACAGUUCAGAACCAUCCAUGUUUCAGUGUUUCUGAUACGUUCUCCACUGUUGCUGUUUAAUGAAUUGCUUUUGUGUAAAUAGUAAUCAAAUAAGACAUUUUAAAUGCAUAAAUCAUGGAAGAUUUUUUUUUGAUACUAGAUUCUAGAUGUUUUUAUCUGCUCUGUGUCAUUAAACAGCAGCUACGGCUGUGACAACAUGCCCCGCUAUAGGUCACCGCUGUGUUUCUGUGUCUUGGGCAAUAACUGAAUAUGUUCCCAGAUGUUUUUUGUGUAUGACUAAAAUUCCCCGGUGUGAGAAAUGUUCAUCUGUGAAUAUUAUGUAUGGGAUGAUAUUCCUGUCACAAAAACUGAAUACAAAGAGCUGCAGCUCAAUACAUUUUUCUAAAGGAAGUGUUUUCUGCUCAUCAAGGAUGAUUUAUUUGAUCAAAAAUACAUUAAAAAUAGUGAAAUAU